CCAGAGCCCAAAUGGGUGUGAAUCAACCACUGGGUGUUAUUCAUAGAAACUUCAUGGGGAACUCUUGCAAUAGCUGAUGUUUUUCAAUCAGUAGUCAUCAGGAGUGUAUGAAACUGCCUCAAGGGAGCCUGUAGGGAAGCAUAAAAAACUUUUACAGCUCACUGGGACCUGAAAGAUGUCAAUAAGCCUGUACUCACACAAGUGAACAGCAGAGAUGAAAGAAGAACUUUCUGUUUGCAGGAAAUGAAUGCAGACCGAGGAGGCAGGCAAGCUGAAACUGGCACAAAGCACUAGCCGUGUAUACACACCCACCCACAUACAAUACAGACACACACCGGCCCUGAGCAACAACUGUCAGAGCUGGAACGUCAAAGCGGUGGCAGCAAAAGACCAAUACCGUCUGAAAUAUUAAGUGGAGUGAGCUUCUAAGAAAGGAAAAGAGAUUUGCAGAAAAACAGGAGACGGAUUCUACAAAUUAAACUUGAACAAGAAGAGAAGGAAACAAAGGUGUGGAGAAGAUGGUGUUCCGAUCCUACCUCAGCAGGAGGGCCUUUCCUGAGCCUUGAUUCCAGCUUGAUUCCCUUAAAGGGUAAACGGGUGAGAAGAUGACGUCCUUACACAGUGUGGGCCUAGUAUUGGUGGAGUUUGAAUAUGAAUAUGAGGGCCGGGAUGGCCACAUGGUGUCCAUUAAACCCAACGAGCGCUACAUCCUCCUGGACAAAACAAACGAUCAUUGGUGGCAUGUGCGCAAAGAUGAACGAGCCAAGCCGUUUUACAUCCCUGCUAAUUAUGUUAAAGAGCUUCCACCCAACAUCCCUUCACCUCUGGACUUAAGAGAGCCUCCAGCCCCUGACGUGAGGCCUGCGGUGCCUGACCUCACAGAGAUACGCAAACCAGAUGAAGUUACAAUUAGACUUCGCACCAAAGGGAAUUACAAGACAGACAACCGCAUGUCGACAUUUGGUGUUCCUUUGGAUUUGCAUGAUCCCCCUUCUUACAAACAUGGCAGACCUUCAGAUUCUCUCCUCUCCCUGAACACGGUUUCUGCCUCAGAUUCUUCACAGCAGAAGAAGAGGAUGAGUCAAGCUACCAAUCUGCUGUUAGGCCCUCGCACCGCUCCAGCUGAAACAGUGCCUGAUAAGUUUAGAGUUCCCAGCUUCAGCCCAGCCGACCCCCUCCAUAGACCUAGCCCUGCCAAACCUGUGGAGCUCCCUGUCAUCAAGAACCUGAAUGAGACCAGGCCUCACAGGAACUCUCCAGAGCUGGAAUCCCCAAUAGAGCCUGAAAGUGGAAGUUCCAGUUCAGAACCACUGCCAUCACCAGACUCUGAGAAUAUUUAUGAAUCCAUUUCGGACCUGAAUCUAGACCUGUUGGCACUGACUGACAAAGCACCUGAUGGAUUGGCAAAGCCUCAGACCAACUCUUCAUGCUCACCUCCAACAAUAAAGACUGAGAAUGACCCCACCACUGCAGUGUAUGCAAACGUUACUGACCUGAAGAAGACCGUUCCUCGCUCUUCAUACUCCUCUGUCUCCAGCUGCUCCUCACCCGGCAUCGCCCUCAGUCCCCAGCCAGACUCCGCCUGCUCGACCGAAUGGCAGGUCCAUACUGACCACGACAGUGGUAAGGAGUACUACUACCACCCUUCCACGGGAGAGAGCAGUUGGUCUAAUCCCCAUAGCCCUAACCCAGGAGCUGGUAUGGAGUCUGUGUCCUCCUCAUCCUCAGCUCACUCGCUGGGCUCUGACUGGGAGAAGUUUUUGGAUGAGACCACUGGGACACAUUAUUAUUAUAAUCACGCUUCGAAACAAACCUCUUGGUCUGCCCCGGAGCCAUCGCAACCUCCGUCAUCCACGGACAUGGUACACAGUCAUGGCAAUGAGGCGGAUGAACCGCCACCUCUUCCAGAUGAGGACUACCCAGCGAAUCAGCGUGAAGAUUCCCUUAUGUCACUUCAACUCCCUAAAGAUUUUCAUUUGCACCAAAUCAAGCAUGCCGUCAUUCCUAGGGCUGUUGUGGACACACGUAAAGAUGUCCAUCCGGGCUGGACUCACUCUGUAGGAGCCGAUGGAAAAACUGUCUACACAAAUGAACUCACUCGUGAACAGUGGAUCCAGUCUAAGGAUGACAAAGGGAAGUUGUUUUACUACUUAAAAGGGGGAUCUAAACGUCAGUGGACCCUUCCAGAGGCUUCAGUCCCGCCCGGUCAGCCAAUGAAUGGAAACGGAGUAGACCAAGAUGCUCAACCUGUUUUGAACAACUGGCGAUUAUCAAUGUUCCAGUUCAACAUGUCUCAGGAAGACCUGAAAUUUUCCCCCUCACACAGGCGGAUCGCCUCUGACAACGCCAGUGAUGCAUCCAGCACAGGGAAUUCACCAGAAUCACAGCAUUACGAUAAAAAGUUAAGACGGCGGAGAAACCUGUCCAGUCAAAGCACAGAUUCACAUUCUCAUCAUCAGUCAUUGUUGGAGAAGGCUGGGAUUCUCAACAAGACCAAAGUCGCUGAGAAUGGAAAGAGACUGAGGAAGAACUGGGCGCAGUCGUGGACCGUUCUCCAUGAUGGCAUACUCACUUUCCACAAAGACCCUAAAUUUACACCUGCUGGGAUGUCUACCAAGUCCAAUCAGAUUGUCCCAGAGUACACUGUGGAACUGAAAGGAGCAACUUUAUCAUGGGCAUCUAAAGAAAAGUCAAGCAAGAAGAAUGUUUUAGAGCUCAAGACACGUCAUGGCUCUGAGUAUCUGAUACAGUAUGACACAGACAGCAUCAUACACGACUGGCACAAGAUCAUUUUGGACACUAUCAGACUGCUGCAUGACCAUGGCCAUCACUCAGAGGAUGAAGUGGAAGAGAUCCCAGAAAAAUCUCCAUUGCUUCCAGACAAGGAGAAGAAGACCGAAUCAACACGACUGAGUUCAACAAAUAGCAUAGACACAGAACAGGGCCGUGUCCGUACCAAGCUACGCAAGUUCCUCCAGAGGCGUCCCACCUUACAGUCAGUCAAAGAGAAGGGCUACAUCAAAGAGAAUGUGUUUGGCUGCCACCUAGAUACACUCAGUCAUCGGGAAAACACAACCGUGCCCAAGUUUAUGGAAAAAUGUAUCAGAUCUAUUGAGAAAAGGGGUCUAAAUAUAGAUGGAAUCUACAGAGUGAGCGGGAACCUGGCUGUCAUCCAGAAGCUGCGAUUUAAAGCUGAUCACGAAGAUGAUCUGGAUCUGGAGGACGGGCAGUGGGAAGAGAUCCAUGUGAUCACAGGAGCUUUGAAGCUUUUCCUACGUGAACUUCCUGAGCCUCUAUUCCCCUUCAGCUUUUUCGAUAGGUUCAUCGCAGCCAUUCAAAUGAGUGACUACAGCCAGAAAGUGUCGUACAUACGAGAUCUGGUGAGAAACUUGCCUUUACCCAACCACGACACCAUGGAGGUUCUCUUCAAACAUCUCCGAAAAGUAAUUGACCAUGGUGAACAGAACCGCAUGUCUGUCCAAAGUAUGGCCAUCGUGUUCGGCCCAACGUUGCUGAGACCGCAGGAGGAGUCCAACAUCACCAUGCACAUGGUCUUUCAGAACCAGAUAGUGGAGCUCAUACUCAACGAGUUCAAUGAGCUCUUCCAACCCAAAUGAAAUUACAAAAUGGUAGGAAAGAUAAUACAACCAUCAGCGCAUCUUCUGUCGUUCCCAUCAUCUUUCCAGAGAAAUCAACAAGGUUACUGACUGUUUGGAUAUUGACUGUCCCAUUCAAUAUUUCUUUUUUAUUAGAACUAAUCAAAACGUUUGAAACAUCAAGAGGAUCUGCCUUGUUCUUGAAUGCAAUCUGUGUUUUUGGUACCGCCCAAAUCAAGAGAACAAAAAGCCGAUGGGACCAUCAGCCGAUAUGAUCAAACAGAUCUUAUAAAGAACGACUGAUUCUAAUUUGUUAGGGUUUUAUGUUUGAGAUGAGACCGUUGAAGAAUGAAAGAAAAUAAAUUUGCUUUGAAGGUAUUAGACAAGGAGAGCAUAUACUUGUACUUGUUACUGAAUAAUAUACUGUAUAUUAUUGCUACUCAUCCAAAACAGUUCCUGUGGAACAACCAGCCGAACAAACAAGGUUUUUCCUGUGAGAUUUCCAUGCAGAUGUUGAAUGAACAAGUCCUCUACAACGGUAUGGACAUUUGCUUGAUUUGUAAUGUUUCCCUGAAAGAUCUUGAUGAUGAAACCUGGGUUUUAAAGUGCUCGAUCACCAAUGUGGAGGAAGCUCUAGGCCUAUGAACUUCAUUGCUAAGGAGACUGAGAAGAAACUGUAUACUGACUAACAUUUUUCACUGUCUUCAAUCUUAAAGAUCUAACACGUUUAUAAAAUGCUGACAGUGCAAUGUACAGACGAAUGUCUGAAAACGAAUAUGAUCAAUGGGACAUUAUGCAGUUAAGUAAAAUGUGGAUGUUGAAUACAAACUUUGUGGAUGUAGACUAAAGCUGUACAUAUUUUACAUAUGUUGUUUAUAUAAAAGUAUGGUUAGGAAAUAAUUGGCAAUUUAAUUUCAUUAAAGAGAUAAACAGUCUGUAAAUAAAACAGAUCAACCAUAUUUAAUUUUAUGCAAAUAUGUGCAUAGUUUUUACACUGGUAAUUACUGAAAUCUAGGAAAUAUAUCAAGAUAUAAGAAAUAAAUGUUAUUAGUAUUAAAAGAGUGCGUAUACGAUAAUAAUUUAGCAAGUCAGAUGAAAAGUAUGUACAUCAAUUUAAGAUAGUGAACAGAUAUCAUCACUGGACUGUAUAUCAAUGCAAUGUGAGAAAUUAUAAAUAAAUAUGGUGCCUUCAUUUUCA